GAGCUGGCGCUGCUGCAGCGGCAGCACGGGCUGCUGCAGGAGGAGCUGGGCCGCUGCCGGCAGCUGUGCCAGGAGCGGGCGCAGGAGGCGGCGGCGCUGGAGGCGCGGCUGCGGGACAGCGAGCGGGAGCGCGGCCGCCUGGAGCGGGAGCUGCAGGAGGCGCGGGGGGCGCCGGCGGCGCCGCGGGGCCGGAGGGCGGCGGAGCCCCGGCGGAGGAGCCUGCCCGCCGGGGAUGCGCUGUACCUGAGCUUCACCCCGCCGCAGGUGGGAGCGGGGGCA